UAGAAAAUACAAUUAGAACUCUACGUGCGCCAUUUCACAUUCUACAAACACGAGUUAAAGAAGCUUACAAAGUGAUUCGCAUAAUCAUGGCAGCGUGAUUGGGCAAAAGAAACCCGUGCAAAAGCAUUGCUUUGCACCAACGACUCUAAAGAUUAUUUCAAUCAUGGCGUCCCCGACCAUAUUGUUCCUGGCAAUUGCCACACACAGCUCGUUAACAAGCACAUACGAAGAUGAUGAGAAUGGAUCUCUUCAACGAUUCGAUGGAGUUCAGGCAACAGUCCUGCUUUCUGGACGACAUGUUAGGUCUGUCGGCAGAUACAUUUGCCGCUGACCUUGGUUCCGAGAGUAGCAUUCUUGAUCUAGACCUUGAUGGGCCUCUCAAGCCACUCGAGUCUCGCCAUCGGGAUGUCCAGCAAUCUCUGGAAGACUUCCUCCUUCCAGAACCUGCUGGAGAUCCACUUGGGGAUGACUGGAUGGAAUCUGUGGACAUCAGAUCCUUUCUGGAUACAGAUAAAUCAUUUGAGGAACAACCUACUCUCACAACGAAAUCAUUUGAGGAACAACCUACUCUCACAACACCUGUUGUUGUCCAGCCCUCCGUUCUUCAACAAAUGUCACAAGUAAUAACCUACACAACUUCAAAAGAAGACGACGAACCAAGGAAGGAAGGAAUGAAACUUGCAGCCUUUGAACUUCUCAAAACAUUGCUAACUGAGAACUGGGCACUCAAAAAUGCUGUCGCUGUUGCAAAAGUUGAACCGGUUGUCAAUAUCCAACCUCCAACUCCAAAAGUGUCAAUUUCUUCAGCAACUUCACCCAUUGCUCAGGUGCCGAAUAUAGACUUCUCAUCUUUCCUGGAGGAAAGCAUAACAUAUGAUGUACACCUGGAAGAUGGCGUUCAAAAUUCAAUUCACGAUUUCAUUGAAAUGCCAGAAGAUGCUCCCAUGAUUGCCAGCAUUGAGCUGCAAGACUUCAACAUUAAGGCUGAACCAUUAACGGUGAAUAAUCCAACAUUUCUUGAUGAACAAAAUUCUUUCUUGUCAAGGUCAUCUGUGGCAGAUGAAAGUGACAACCUUAGCACCAUUGACACAAGCUACUUUAGUGACGACAGCAACAUAAGUUCUGUUAAAAGCAGUCAAGUCUCUGAAAAGGACUUCACAAAAUUAAAAUCAAAAAGAAAGUCAAGGUCUUCUACUUAUGAUUCUGAAUAUGAACAUGUGUCGGAUAAGAAAGUUCGUAAGAAGAUGCAAAACAAGAAUGCUGCUACUCGGUAUCGAGAGAAAAAACGUGCGGAAAAAGAAACUAUACAAGAGCAAGAAGCUAGACUUGCUGAUAAGAACAAGGAACUACGUGAACAAGUGGAUUCUAUACAGAGGGAGAUCAAAUAUAUGAAAGAACUGAUUAACGAUAUUAACAAAGCCAAGAAACACUGCACGUGAUCUUAAAUUAUUUUGUUUGCCAUUCUGUAAAUAUAUCUUUAAAUUUAUUUUUGACUGCAAUUGUGUUUAUGUUGUCAUGCAAUAAAAUAUGUUGUAGAGGUU